UCUAUUUUUUAAUUUUCUGGAGAUAGAAAAUUGGUGAUAGAAAAUUGUUCUUAACUAAAAAAAUCUAACCCGCAUGGUACACUGGCCGUUGUAUCCAUCGGGGCUACUACGAAUGCCAAAUGAAUAUUCCAAAAAAUAAAUAUAAUAUACUAUACACACACUUAUUUAUAAGUAGUUUUUUACAAAAGCUCAAGACAGUAAACUCAUCUCUACAUUCUGCUAAAAAAAAAAAAAAUCAUCUCUACAUUCAUCUCUCUCACAUAGUUUCAACUAUGGAUAGCAAGCUCCAUUUUGCUAUACUAUCAAGCCCCGGCAUGGGCCACCUCAUCCCCGUUCUCAUGCUAGGCGAACGCCUGGUCACCCACCACGAUGCCAACGUCACUAUUCUCGUCGUCACAACCCAUUCGUCACCACCACCACAAUCUCAGCUUCUCAACCUCCCCACCGCCCCCAAAUCUCUCCGCAUCCUUCACCUACCUCCAGUCGACAUCUCCGGCCUAUUAGACCCCGCCGCCACAGUCGUCACCCAGCUUGCAGUGAUGAUGCGGGAGGCUCGCCCGGCCAUCCGCUCCGCCAUCUCCUCCAUGAACAGCCGGCCCCACGCCCUCGUCGUCGACCUCUUCGGAACCGAGUCUUUAGAGAUCGCCGACGAGUUCAACAUGCCCAAGUACGUAUACGUCCCCAGCACUGCGUGGUUCGUCGCUUUCGCUUGCUACUGUCACGUACUCGAUAAGGAGGUGACGGGUGAGUAUGUUGAUCAGACCGAACCGCUGAGACUUCCCGGUUGCAGGCCGGUCCGACCGGAAGAUGUUGUUGACCCCAUGCUGGACCGGAAUGAUCAGACGUAUCAUGAGCACGUCCGGAUUGGAUUUGAGUACUCGCUGUCCGAUGGGAUUUUGGUGAACACGUGGGAUGAUCUGGAGCCUACAACGCUCAGAUCUUUAAGAGAAGAUGAAACCCUCCGGUCGGUUGUUAAGGUACCGGUUUAUCCGGUUGGGCCGUUGAGGAGGCCGGUCGAAUGUUCCGGUUCGCGGAGCGAGUUGUUGAAGUGGCUCGACUUGCAACCCAGUGAGUCAGUGAUAUAUGUUUCGUUUGGGAGUGGGGGGACGUUGUCGGCUCAGCAAAUGACUGAGCUGGCUUGGGGUUUGGAACUGAGCAGACAGAGAUUUGUUUGGGUAGUGCGCGAACCCAUCGAGGGUAGUACGGAUGCGUCGUUUUUCAAAUCAAGAAGCGAUAUUUCCGAUAAUACCAUUGACUAUCUGCCGGAUGGGUUUUUGAACAGGACCCACAAAGUGGGAGUUGUGGUCCCACUUUGGGCCCCCCAAGUGGAGAUCCUGAGCCAUCCAUCAGUAGGGGGGUUUGUAUCGCACUGCGGUUGGAAUUCAAGUUUGGAGAGCAUAGUCCAUGGGGUGCCUAUGAUUGCAUGGCCACUCUAUGCUGAGCAGAGACUGAAUGCUGCUUUGCUGACGGAGGAGCUUGGCGUGGCGGUCCGGCCGAGGGUGCUGCCGACAAAGAAGGUGGUGGGAAGGGAGGAGAUAGAGAGGAUGGUGAGGACUGUGAUGGAGUGCAAAGAAGGGAAGCUGAUGAGAGAGAGAGUGAAAGAACUAAAAUACAGUGCAGAGAAAGCUUUGAAGAAAGAUGGAUCCUCCUAUAAUUCACUCUGUGAGGUGAUUAAGGAUUGUGACAUUAGACUAGAAUCACAUAAGGCCAAGGUUGGCUAG